AACCUAGUUCACUGUUGGAGUCGGUUACUGUCUGACCACAGACUGAUCGCAGUCCAGCAAGGGAUUUUCCAGUGUGGUCCUCUUCCUGUGGGUACAAAUUCACUGCAGAUACUGUACUUGUGCCCUGGGAACCUAGUGGGUGAUACACAACUUUCUCCCAGGGAAAGGAUCUGGAUUUACUGGAAGCACCCAGGAAAGUCUCAGCAGGAGUUGUGUGGCCACUAUCAGAACUGAGAGGCAGCUUCUUCAGAUUUGCUCACUGCUCUUGCCAGUCCUCUGGAUAAGGGAACGCGUGCGCUUGUAGUAUAUAGCUUAACCCUGAAUCUGGUGAGUAUCUUGAAUCCAGGAUUUGAUUCCAGGCCAUUGUUUUUUGGUUAAGGUAUAUUUGUAUGUUGAGUAUUUUCCUGUACAAGACUGGCAUAAGCCAUGAUGGCACUAAAUUCUUUUUGCUACAAAGAUUGCAUAACACUUAUUAUGAAAUGUAUUAUUGUGUAAAAUGAGUCAAGCAUACAGAAAGUAAUCUUAUACAAGUCCACCCAUUACCCACAUACCAACUUACUCUGUAUAAAGACAAGGCUGUGUGUAGCCACAGAUGGCAAUAAACACUUCUUCGAGGGCAGUGCAGAAAAAACCAUUUUGGUACCUGACAGCUGAGUCAGAACCAAAGAAGGAGCUGCAAGGCACCAGCCAUGCUCCCUUCCCAGCCUCUCCUGCAUGCUGGGGUAUUCGCACUCGCAGUCCUUCAGGCCCUUGCCUCCGACACCUUCAUUGCAGCCGUCUACGAGCACGCAGUCAUCCUGCCAGAUCCCACUGACAAGCCUGUUUCUCCCGAUGACGCUUUGGCCCUGAUGAACAAAAACAUGGAUGUCUUGGAAGGGGCCAUAAAGGAAGCUGCCCAGCAGGGUGCCCGCAUCAUUGUGACUCCUGAAGAUGGCAUCUAUGGCUGGCAAUUCACAAGAGAAUCCAUCUACCCGUACCUGGAGGAUAUCCCUGCUCCAGUGGUGAACUGGAUUCCCUGCACUGACCCCUCAAGAUUUGGUCCAGCACCAGUGCAGGAACGACUCAGCUGCAUGGCCAGGAAUAACUCCAUCUAUGUGGUUGCAAACAUUGGGGACAAGAAACCAUGUAACUCCAGUGAUCCCGGCUGCCCCAGUGACGGUCGCUACCAGUACAAUACAGAUGUCGUCUUUGAUCCAGAGGGGAAACUGGUGGCUCGUUAUCACAAGUACAACCUGUUUAGAGGUGAAACUCAGUUUAAUUACCCAAAAGAGCCAGAAGUUGUCACCUUUGAGACUCCCUUUGGGAAGUUCGGCAUUUUCACUUGCUUUGACGUCCUUUUCCAUGAGCCUGCAGUGGUCCUGGUGAGCAAGAUGCAGGUGGACACUGUGCUCUUCCCGACGGCUUGGAUGAAUGUUCUGCCAUUUCUGACUGCAGUUGAGUUUCAUUCUGCCUGGGCCAUGGGCAUGGGUGUCAAUUUACUUUCAGCAAAUACUCACAACAUCAGCUUUGCAAUGACAGGCAGUGGGCUGUUCACUCCAGAAGGACCUGCCACCUACCAUUAUGACACUGGAACUGAGGAGGGAUGUCUCCUGCUAGCAGAGUUGAGCGCAUACCCCUGUCUUUCCCCCACUUACCCUCCUGCCAUCAACUGGAGUUUGUAUGCCACAAGUAUCAAGAAAUUUCCAGGAGAAAAUGACACUUUUUCGGGAUCUGUCCGGCAGGAUAUAUUCACUUUCACUGAACUCAGGCGCAAAACUGGAAAUUACACCAUUUGCCAAGGAGACCUCUGCUGUCAUCUGGUCUAUCAGAUGUCAAACAAGAGGAAAACCGAAGUUUAUGUCCUGGGUGCAUUUGAUGGGCUUCACGGUUCUCUCAUAAAAUACCAUUGGCAGAUAUGCACACUGCUCAAGUGCAAGAGCACAGACCUGGACACAUGUGGGCAGCCAGUGGAGACGGCUCAGACCAAGUUUGAGAUGUUCUCCCUCAGCGGCACAUUUGGCACCAACUACGUCUUUCCAGAAGUGUUGUACAGUGGAGUGCAGCUGGCACCUGGGGAGUUUGAGGUUCUACGUGACGGACGUUUGAAAAGUAAACAUGGCACAUCGAAACCGCUCAUAACAGCGACACUUUUUGGAAGGCUUUAUGAGAAGGACCUGCCACAUCCUCCGCGAACCUCCCAAUAAUAACAUGACUCCUUAGGUGUUACACAAUCACAUAGACAGGAGGGGAAUUUCCUCAUGACACGUAGCAGUUAUCCUGUAUGAUUCCUGUUCUGCAAUCUUGCACUUCUGCUCAGCGGCUGCGGCAGUUUGGUUUAUUUAGGAGAAAGGGAAGUGAUCACUCCGUUGUGUGUAACUUUUUAACAGUGCUUGAGCCAGAGCAAUUAUUUUUUAGUAUGAGUGCUCUGUCACAUGAAACUUUUAAGUAGAAAUUUCAUUUCCCCCAAGGUAUCAUAUAGAUUACUAGGACAAGAGUGAAAAGAAGACUGUUACCAAAACAUAUGAAAUGUGGUUUGUCAUUUUACUGCAGGACAAAUUUUCUCCAAAGAAGCUCAUGAUUUCUGUUAUUCCAUGUGCUGUGGCUUCUUAGCAUGCAAUUUUGGAGGCUCUUUCCAGGAAUUAUUUCAUCCUGGAAAUAAAACAGCUGAGCUUCUACUUAGGGGAGGGACUCUACCACUUGGGAGCAGUCAGUCAAAACAGGCAGGGAUUCAAAGUUGUGCUUGCUGGUGCCUGAGUUGUGGGGGUAGCACAGACUAGUCUUCCAUCAAAUAGAAGAGGUUUUGGUCAAGCAUGGUUAUGACUGACCCGUGGCAACCCUAAUCCCACAUGACUGUUCUGUGUGUAGUGCAUAUGGGGUCCAGAAUCUCAAGACACAGAUGGCCAUGCUAAGAGUGAGAAUUGACCCUGCUCCCAAGCCAGUCUGGUACACUCCAGGAGCCUCUUGUGUUGUCCAUAAUGGACAACAGUUUGAGAAGGGCAAACAAGAUUGACCAGGCUGCUUGUGAAGGUCUGCAGUGUCAUCCUGUUUACAGGUUUGCACUGGGGUCAGCACAGUCAGGCACACACCACGUGAAGCAUCUCCACAGCAGAGCAGCUGGGAGCUUCUCCCUAGGGGUGCUCCCCUUGGUCAUGCUUCCCUGUCUGUCUUCAGUGCUGCUCGCUCAGGCCUCUGCACUUGAAAAGCUCAAGGAACCUCUCUGAGAAAGGCAAGAGUUAUCCUGACUUGUAAGCUCUGGUACUGAAAUGCAUCCUAAACCAGUUUUUGAUGCAAAAACGUAACUCUCUCAGCUACCCCUGCACCCUGCUUUUUUGCUCCCUGCCUCUGGUACCUUUCUGUUCUAGGCUUGGUGAUUCCUUGAGACAGCUCAGGCCUUGUCUCCAGCAGGUAGGUCUGAAAGAAAGAAGGAGUCCAUCUGGGGGGACCUGCUGCAUCCCACAGCCCUCUCACCUCACAGGCACUGCCAGACCUGCCCACUCAGUCAUGGAGGUGGAGCCACAGCUCCUCCUACUCAUGCCCCUGCUGCUCACCUCCAUCUCCCCUGAGGCUGCACUUCUGGCGAAAUACGCUGUUAUUACCUGGCCUAGAGUUGUUCGAGUGGAAAAGAAAACAAAAACCAAAACUGACAAACGGGAACUGCUACUGGAAUAGCACGUGAAAGCAAUUUGUCUUUUUUUUUUCCACAAUCAAAGCAGUUUAUUAAAAUCUUUUUUCACUGUUUGGCAAUCAACAAAAAAAAAAGAAGAAUCUGAAACCAUUUUAGAAAUAAAUGCCUCAUGGAAUCAUCAGUGACACUUUUGGAACAAAUAAACUAAAGUCAACAGUAGGCAAAAAGCAGAUUUACCAGCUCAACUGGUUAGAGCAUGGUGUUAAAAACACCAAGGUUAUGGGUUCUAUCCCUGUAUGGGCCAUUCACUCAAGAGUUGGACUUGAUGAUCCUUGUGGGUCCCUUCUAACUCAGAAUAUUCUGUGAUUCUGUGAAAUACUUUGCAGGUUGAUAGUACUCUAAAUACUAAGUAUUUCAGGAACUCUAGACAUUAAGUUUAUUAUUACUUGUUUUAUCUUUCUUCUAUCAUAUGCAAACUUCCGAAAGUAUCUGUAGCGGUGGAAUCAGUGAGAGUUCAUUAGUGUUAAUGAAACUGGGCCCCGGGAAGAAAACUAAAUUUUUAAAGAAAUUUCUUUUUUUAAUUUAAUGGCAGAUUUUAUGCCAUGUUCUGCUCCCUUAUCCCUAUCUAGACUGUGAUAAUUGAACAUAAAAAUCUCUCACAUAUUGCUUGCUGGCAUUUCUGAAGUUUUGAGUACUUCCCAGGUACCUACUGACUGUUUACGUUGUCAGAGCUGGACACAGAUAGGAUACAAUUAAUAUUGCUAGUUAAAUAGCUUAUAGGAUAUCAGAAAAGGACUCUUGGAUUUCAUCCGUUGAGGGUGCAGAAGUCCAGGAUUCUUUGAAAAUUACACUAAAACUGUGAAGAAUGGCAGACCUGCAGUUCAAUGUGCUGCACAGCUCUCCCUGAGAGGGUUCCAAAAGUGACAUACAAUGGACCUCUGAGGAAUUUAUUAAUCCCUUUCCCAUUUCUGAUGACAAAGCAAGAAUUUAGAUGAGCAGAGAAUUAAGUUGCAUGGACUGUUGCAGCAGCCUCGGAAUAGCUCCAUCAUUUUAAUACACAAGAACCACAACCCCUGUUUUUGGGUAAGGAUUCCCUGGAGGGAUUGCAAAAACCAACCAGAUCUUCACCUCAGUGACUACAGAAACAAACUACAGAAACAUUCAGGAUACAGAAGCAGAGAGGUAAUAAAUGACAUAUGCAACAAAUCACAUUUAUCUGGAACAGUUUCUGUUAAAUUCACAGAAGGUUAACCAGCUAUGUAGUUACUUUCCUACCUGCUAGGUGGGAGUUAGAAAACAGAGAAUGUUAGCUCAUCUUUAGUAAAAAAAAAAAAAAUAGAAUCCUGUCCUAUGCUUUCCUUAUGAGACAGAAUUUGAGUUUCUGAAAGAACUGGAAUAUUUACUGACUCUGGGACAGAUGUGCCAGAGGAGGAAAAUCAAAUUAAUUUAUAAGUAAUUCAGGUAAAUAACCCCACCUCAAAAGCUACUACAGAUGGUAUCUUAAUGAACCCCAUCCUUUUCUGAGCUGGAAAAGCCUGCUCUUCACACGUCAAUAUUUCUUCCUUCUACCUUGACGCUGGCCAAAGCAAACAAGACCCACUGGUCCACAGUGUUUCUGAUCCCACAGAAAGAAAAACAAGUCUGUAAUAGAUUUUAUUGAUGCAAGACUUCAGAUGAAGGUAGAAAAAUACUCCAUUAAACCAAAUAUGAUCCAAAACUUGCAUCUGACUUAAGUAAAACUGGUAACAAUUUUAGAGAAAUUUUGACUAAAAUCUAAUGUACUUUACUAUGCAUAAUGAAUUAAAGUAAGCAGGCCUUGAGGAAAAAAAAUCUGGGUGUUUUUAAGAGAGCAGGACUCUUCAGCCAUGUCCUUGUACAUAUAUUUAAGUCAUCGUGACCUCAAGCUAUCCAUUAAGUAAUGUGGAACAGUGAGGUACAAUCAGAGAUUGUGCAAAUACUAUACCCAGUAAUUCAAAACAUCUAUACCCAGUAAUUCAAAACUAGAUGUUAAUGAACAACUCAUGUUAUCAUAGGUGAAUUACUGGCAGUGUGGGACACUGUUCCCAGGUACAAUGAAUUAGUGCAGGUAUAGUGAGUGACAAAUAGAAUGGCCAUGACCUGAAUUUGAGUUGCAGAAUUUCUAAUUAACCAACAAUCAAAUUAUAAGCCCACUUCAUCCAGACAGAUGUAUUUACAAUGUCACUGUCCACCAUCAGGAUAGGAAAGCUGAAAAAGAGAAAUAACUUGAAUAGGCCAAUAAAGACAGCAGCAAUUAUCACAAGGCUUACUAUAGCUAAUACAGAAAUGCUUCUCAGUGGCUUGUGAUGGACUAUGAGACGUCAUGGACCCCAACAGAGAAGUAAUUCCAGUAUGCCUUCUAAAAAUGAACCUCUUGACACUGUAGACAAACAACAUCUCCUACUGAAGCCACAGAUGAGCAUGACAGCAUUACCAAGUGUUGUCUAUCUGUGAAUUAGGCACAGAUAAAAAGGAUCAGUCCUGGUGAAACAGAAACUUUGCAUACUGACAACACUGUUAUUUUCUCUUUCAGUCUGGAAAAAAAAAGUAAGGAUUAGCAGAAGCAGUCGCAGCCACCACUUGUGAAAGUAUCAAAAUGUUUCUUGUAGCCGCUCAUUACCAUAAAGUUGCAAGUGAAAUGCUCCAUUGUCUGUUCAGAUAUUCUCAUGACAAAAGAGAAUUUCUACUAAAAAUAUGUACAAUAUAAGAAAUGCAUUGUAACUACAUGAUUUUAACUUUGUCUAUGUAUCGUCUUUUGCUGCUUCUGAUGUUAGAGUUAAUUUUUAUGAACUAAUAGUUUGAUAGCUGUGACAGUGUCGGCAUAUAAGAGCAGCAAGGAGUGCAUAAAGCAGAGAUAUAUUUUAAUGUCAAAAAUAUAGCAAAUCUUUAGGAAACGCCUUUUCAGAAAAAAAAAGGGAGAAUAAUAUUUGCAUACAGUUGUUUGUCCAGUUUAUGUACUGCAAAACGUAAUAACAUAAAGCUAAAAUAAAUAAAGUAAUUUAACCACCUUAGAAAUAGUUCUCAGGAGCAAAUGAUGAUUUUUGUAACAGCAAUUUUUGAACAUUUACUUCUAAAUGAGUGUUAGGAGUGUGAGACAUACUUGAAUUUGUCAGAUGAAAACGUUAAGGUCUGUGCUUAUAGGAUGAUUAUUUUUAUACUCUUAAAUUCACCUUACUGUGUUUUCUAGCCAUAUGAGACUGUGUUUUGUACACUGAAAAAGGACUAUGUAGUUAUAGGUUUUGGAUUCUCUAAGGAAGGUGCGUUGGGGUUUGUUUCAGAUAAAACUUUCUUGUUGAAUUUAUGGAUGAUUUUGAAAAAAUCUAAAUUUUAUUCUGUAAAAUUUAUGAAAAUCUUAGAGAAAAUAUAAUAAUGACAAGCAGUUUCCAUUAAAUUGAGCAAAGAAAAUACACUGAACUCUAGGCCCAUGCCAUUGCUAUGUUACAGACUCUUUAGGAUUCACUCUCCCGUACUUUUUAGAGACCUUUCCAAGUUUUCCAUACAGCAUUUAUUCCUGUGCUGAUUAAGUGCUGCUAAAUAAUACCUAAAGCUCUCCCUUUCAUUCAUUUUGUCUCCACUA